AUUCUCGCAAGAGUAGUGACAGAAGUGAUGGCAAGUCUGAAACAGGAUGAUACCAUCCAUCACUUAUUAACAACUUCGCUGAUUCAGCAGGUUCAUAGUACCGGAGAUAUUCACCAAGUGACUUCUAACGUUCCUAAACGAGCCAAAUUAUACGAGCAGCUGUGCGCUCGCCUUCCAUGUUGCUGCUGCUCAGUGCAGCGUUCCGCGUACUACAAUGUGGAUGAGAGGGACCUAUGCAUGCAACAGAUGCACUUUCAGAGUCACUUGUACAGUUGGCAGCAGGUCCUUCUUAUAUCUAGGUGGGCUGUGCUCAUCACAUGCACGACAGAUGUGAAGGACGCCUCGAUUGCCUUCGAAUCCCUAGAAGCUGCUUACAAUUUCGGAUUGUGCCGUCGGGCUGAGCGGUCGCUUGAAGUGAUCGAGGUCCUCGAGGAAGUGUGUAAGAGGAGCUGCUCUUAUCCAGAAGAUCGAGUGUUGGCAGUGCUUGGAAUGCUGGGCAUUGGGGUUACCACGACACUGCGCUCUGGUUUAUCAUUGUAUGACCAAAUAAAGUGGCUCUGUGGUGUUGCCCCGCCCAAAAUGAGACAUGCUCUUAUUGUCAAAAACUGUAUCGACAUGUAUCCGAGCAUGCCGGGGUCAUCUUGGAUGCCGGAUUUAUGUCGUCCUGGAACAGGAUGGAUGAGUCAGACUUUAGAAUCACCCAUAGGCGAGUGGGCCUAUGAUGUCGAGACUAACAGAGUCACUGGCAAAGCGCAGAAUCCUUUCUCAGUGAUCAUAAACAAGGUUGAGGAAAAGGAUGCUGGGCAAAUACAGUCGGAGAUGCUUUUGGAGUUGCAAGAGCAGCGUUUGGAACACGAAUUCGAUGUUUCAUGGUGGACCAUAACGUUGUCCUUUGUGCCUCCUGUAGAUCCACCUGACAAUGUGGUCACUGUUGAGGUGUUGUGUGCAGUGAAUACAAACAAGUCCGGAGAAGUCUGGGGUACUGAAUGUUGUUGGGUGAAUGGCUACAAUGGGGGAGCCCUCGAUAUUGCCGACAUAGUUGGUAGCAGUAAUCUGGAAAACUGGCAGGCCGCCAUUGCGAACCAAUCCCUUGUAGGUUUGCCUGUUAUAGAGGACCUCGUGGAGAGGGAGGGGCAGCCAUCUGCAUACGAUGUAGGUGUCCUGCUGUGCACUGGGACUGAAGAACUGUUGCACAAAGUAGGAGGAUUACUGAUAUAUUCUAGCACGGCAAGAGAGGUGGCAAGCCUCAUGUACAGGCACAGGCAAGCCAACCCUGGGGAUCAACUCGUUCAGUUGAACUGAGCUAGCUGAGAGGGUUGGCUUGCCUGUGCCUGUACAUGAGACUGAGCCGAGAUUAAACCCUAGGGAUCGACUCGUUCAGAUGAGGCACGCCUCCUCAGGAAUAUGAAUACAAUGGAUCACGACAUACACAAUGCUCUUCAUCUACCCUUAUUUCGAGGGUAUCAAGAACUAGCACUACUGGUUACUUUGUGUAACAACAGAUAUGUAUAGAGCAGAUCUUUGUUUCAGGCAAUACCAAUCAGCUAUGUCAUAUAACUGCGUUUUUCUAUUCUAUCACUUGCUCAGAAGCAUAUAAAACAUGACUUGAUCAUGCUUGUACCCA